AUGCUGGGGGAGCUCCGCUUGACUGGGCUACAGUCUCUCUUGGCUGUGUGUCUGCUCUUCACCCUAGAACAUGGCAUGGUGAGCUGUGACACUGUGGUGAACAUGCAUAAGGUGACCCACCAGAGGGUCCAGGAGCCUCUGUCAGGUACGACCCUCCUACCUUGUGUAUUCACCCUGCUCCCGAGUCCUUCUAACGAAUCUCCCCGUAUCAAGUGGACUAAACUGUGGGGCCAACGCGGACCAGAUGGUCUACAGAAGCAACAAUCAAUUCUGGUGGCUAAAGACAAUAUAAUCAAGGUGAAGAAAGUCUUCCAGGGACGCGUCACCUUGCCGGGGUACCCAGAGAACCGCUACAAUGCCAGCUUGGCACUUACAGGCCUGCGAUCCAGCGACUCUGGAAUGUACCGCUGUGAGGUUGUGGUCGGCAUCAAUGACGAACAAGAUUUGGUGCCCCUCCAGGUCACGGGAGUGGUCUUCCACUACCGCGCACCUCACGGCCGCUAUGAUCUCACCUUCGCCGACGCCAAGAGAGUCUGUCUGGAGAACUCUGCCGUGAUUGCCACACCUGCCCAGCUGCAGGCCACGUUUGAUGAUGGCUAUGACAACUGUGAUGCCGGCUGGCUCUCAGACCAGACUGUGAGGUAUCCCAUCCAGUCUCCACGUCCUGGCUGUUAUGGUGACAGGGAGGACUCACCUGGCUUGAGGAACUACGGCAGCAGAGAUGACAAUGAAAUGUUUGACGUGUACUGCUUUGCCAACAACUUGCAAGGUGAGGUAUUCUACUCAAGUUUGCCAGAGAAGCUGAGCCUAGCAUCGGCCUCUACUCACUGCCACACUCUAGGCGCUCAGCUGGCCACGGUCGGUCAGCUCUACUUAGCCUGGCUGGGUGGCCUAGACCGCUGCGAUCCUGGUUGGCUGGCUGACGGCAGUGUGCGUUACCCUAUCAACCUUCCCCGGCGUAACUGCGGAGGUGAUGAACCAGGAGUGCGUACCGUUUACCACAACCCCAACCGGACCGGCUUCCCUGACACUACCAAUUUCUUUGACACCUACUGUUACCGAGAAAGGAAUGCUAAUGAGCAGGCAAUGAUACUCCACCAGACUUUGGAAACAUCUAAUUUAAACUCUUCAACCGAUGAAGAGGUCCAGCUCCAAAGAAAUGGAGCAUUCCCUGAACCUUCUACCUGGACCGGUCUGGUAGAUCUUGAAAAGGAAGAUUUCAAAUCCAUCAUAAACAACGAAUCCUCAGAAAUCUCAGAGGAACAUGUUGUAAUCCAACUUAGGCCUGGAGAGAGGUCUGUAAACUGGGAGGGUGAUGGCUCCAAAGAAGCUUUGGAGAAACAAGAGAACACACAAGGAGGAUCGGCAAGAGAGGAAACCGAUGAGAACGAUUAUGCAGAGGAUCCCAAGGCAUCUCCUGAUCCUUCCUCUACCACGCCAUCCUCCUCCACACAAGCUCAGACCAGCAACAGCGUGAUUUCCAACUUUAUGAACUCAAUCCUAAAGCCCUUGAGGUAUUGGACUGGCACAGUAGAGACUGAGAUUCCAGCCACAGAGUCCAGCCUCUACAAAGGAAUUUCAGAAAUGGCUACGCCUGCCAGGACAAAGCCAAGCAGAAGGAAAGCAAGCAAAGGAGGUGCUGAUAACGCCAUUUUGGAGCCUAUUACUAAGGACAUUUCACACAUCCCCUCCUCAUCAAAUCCAGAGGAAGGCCUUUUGGAGCAGGAGAAAGAGGUGGUCUUUGUGGCUGCACAGCAGGAUCUACAGAGUCCAAGCAAAUCCCAAAUAGAACAUACAAAUUCUCAGACCGACAGCUUAAUUGGUCCAUCCAGAGGAGUGAUUAGAUCAGGCGCAGUAGAUCCCACUGUUUCCUCGAGUCCCUUGGCGUCUAAGAGCAACUCCUUGAAAGGCUCAAAGUUUGCCCCCCCAGGCAAUAAUGGGCACUUCAUAACUCAAACCAGUGGUCCAAUGGAAGCCAAAAGGGGAGGCUUGGAGAUUAUGACCAUCCCCAUAUCCAGGAACAACCCUGAAAACUUCUCAGGGGAAGGAAAAGACUUAAAUGAGGACAGUUACUCACUUCCCAAAGGACCUACAACACAUCUGUCUUCAGAGGAUGGAAAGGAAACAGAGGGAAGUGGCGGAAAAGAUUCACCAUUCGCCUUUGGCGGCCAAAUUAAAGAAACUGACCAUUCUAAUUACCACAGUGUACCUCUGGAAAAUGUCAAAUGGCAGCUUAUGAGUCUCCAGACAACUCAAUCUUCUGGUGGAUCCAGUUCUUCUGAACCCAAGCAUGUGGAACCAGCUAGCACGGCUGAGGAGGCCAGGGGAGAGAUUGUGUAUGUCCAUCGACACAUUGAAAAACGCAAAAACGGUCCAUCAAACAAAGUAACGUUGCCUUUCGUCAAAAGGAAGCAAAGCACAAAUUUGACCAGUGCACCUGAAAUACACACUUCCAGCUUGGCUACCACACCGAGCCCUGUCGCAGAAGCAACCAAUUCCUUUCAGGACAAACUGGCAAUGACGUCUACCAUUGAAAACAUCCCUUCUCAAUCCAGAGAUGCCACCACUACUGAAGAUAUUUUGUGUACUCCAGAUCCAUCCAUUUCCAGCACAUGGCUACCGGUGGUUCAAGAGGAAGUGGAUACACCAACGGAACCUGUUCUUACCACAGUAAUGACCAAAUAUAGACCUCCGAUUACGCACAAUACAGUUCAGCCAACAAGUCCAGAUCUUAAGGACACCUCGCAUCAGGCUGAGUCCAGGUCAGGAGUGUCGGAGUCAUUUGUGUUGGCUCGCGGCUGGACAACUUUUUCAGAACAUGUUUCAAAGGAGGAUCCAUCGUCCCAGACUACAGGAAUCCCAGGAAAAGAUGUUGCAAACAAAACUGUCGCUGGCAGGGAAAACAGCCCCUACACAUCCUCAGGUAAAUCUGAUGAUCCUUGCCAGGCCAACCCUUGCUUGCAUGGUGGGAGCUGUCUGACGGAGGGGGAGGGCUAUAUUUGCGUUUGCCCUCAGGGCUAUUCUGGAGAGAGCUGUGAGAUCGAUGUUGACGAUUGUCAGUCCAAUCCGUGUCAGAACGGAGGCACCUGUAUCGACGAGAUCAACUCGUUUGUAUGCCUGUGUCUGCCCAGCUAUGGUGGAGCUACUUGUGAGAAAGACACUGAGGGUUGCGAGCACAGUUGGAGGAAAUUCCAUGGUCAUUGCUACAGGUACUUCACCCGCAGACACACUUGGGAGGAUGCCGAGAAGGACUGCAGAGAGCACAGUGGUCACCUGGCCAGCAUCCAUUCCACACAAGAGCAGGACUUCAUUAACGGUAUGAGUCAUGAGAACACGUGGAUUGGUCUGAAUGACAGGAUGGUGGAAGAUGACUUCCAGUGGACCGAUAACAUGGAUCUGCAAUAUGAGAACUGGAGGGAGAACCAGCCGGAUAAUUUCUUUGCAGGCGGAGAGGACUGCGUGGUGAUGAUCUCCCAUGAGAACGGCAAAUGGAACGAUGUGCCCUGCAACUACAACCUGCCCUACAUCUGCAAGAAAGGCACAGUACUGUGUGGACCUCCACCAAAUGUGGACAACGCUUUCCUGAUUGGUCGGAAGCACUCACUCUACGACAUACACUCUGUGGUGCGUUACCAGUGCGCUGAUGGUUUCCUCCAGCGCCACAUCCCUACCAGCAAGUGUCGUGCCAAUGGCAAAUGGGACCGACCUAAGAUCAUCUGCACAAAGUCACGGAGAUCUCACCGCUACAGGCGCCAUCACCACAAGUCCCACCACGAGCGCAGAAAGCAUAAGAGGCACGGAUCAGGGGGUCUUCGAGGCCAACAGGAGGGUCACGGCCAUUUCUAA